GACACCUCUGCAUCAGAAGUUCAGCCUGAGGCGCAGGAGGCUGGCACGGAGCACUUUGACGCUUCACUUCCUGGCAGCGUAGUGGCUGUGCCACCUAUUUGGACGAAUGAAGAUGGCAGCUUUCGAACGCAGCCAGACAUCCCCGCACCGCCACCACGGAAGCCGCCUCCUCUGCGGAAUUCCACAAUUGCACCCUGGGUCCUUGCAGCCCGCCAGGCGGACAUAGCGCAAGCCAAAGAGGAAGAGGAAUUAGAGGUGGACUACGAUGAGUAUGGAUCUGGUGGAGGGUCCCCGCGCUCCGCAGAAGGAUCUCAGCUCUCAAGUGCUGAAAUGUCUCAAGGCUCUGCUUAUGCCUCCAUGCCUUACAGCGUUGAUAGCCAGCCGCCUGUGGACCCGGAUGCGAACUACGGCGGAGUCACCCUUUCUCAGCUCGAGGAGUUCCUGGCAGUUCGUAAAGGCAUGCGGACAGCUUGUGGCACCUUGCCGAUGACUUUCGCAAUUUGGCUGGCCUACGUAUUGCUGGUGAUCACCAUGGGAGAAGCGGAGGGGCCUUUCCAGACAGCGAACAUUCUAAAGGAGGAGAUCAGCGGGGCUCGAGCACACCGGCCGGACUCUAUGGGACUGAACAGAACUUUUCGAUUGCAUGAGAUGCAUGACUUGGGUGAUAUUGGAUGGUGGAUGAAAACAGCCUUGGCUCCGACCAUCGAUCCCCAAAGCAGUCGCAUGGACAAUGCAGUGAAAAUUGUGGGCUUUGCGAGAGUCACCCAGUUGAAGGGCACGAUGGUUGAAUGCGACGGCUUGACAUCCAACCUGAAGCGAUUCUAUCCUGGUGUUUGCUACCCUCCCGCAUCUCCCGGCACUGUGGUAAACUCAUUUGGGCCCGCCGAUGUCGAUGACGCCUUCCAGGCACUGGGUCCGCAACGACCCGUCGGGGAGUUCGAGGCUUGGUUGGACACAGGACGCCCUGUCACCGAAGUGCAAUCGCGGAUUGACAGUCUCAUUGACAAUGACUGGAUAGAUAGAUUGACGCAGCACCUCACGAUGGAUGCGUUUUUCGUGAAUUUGCAAACCAACGUUUAUGUGCGAAUCCGGCUGCUUAUGGUGGUUCACAGAGAGGGCCUCAUCGAGAGCAGCAUGCGUGUGAUUCCAAUGAAAGCAGAAGUGGUCACGCACUGGUCGCACAUAUUUCUCAACCUAUGCUUUGCGAUCUUGUUGUCUGUGCAGCUACUGUGGUUCAUGCAGCAGUGCCUCACUGAAUACAAGCGAGGGCUUUGGCAGCUGCAUUUUUGGGAUAUCUGGACAUGGUUGGACAUGGUGUCGAUUCUUGUGGCGCUGGUCAUCGUGUUCAUGGCUCUAGCCUUCGUGGUGGACACGCAAAACUUCACCGUCAUGGUUUCCGACUUGGGCGACAUGCCGACCUGGUCGGUGUUAGAAGCACCUGCAGCUCGUAAAGUCCAGUCGAUUCUGCAGAAUCGAGAGUAUCGGAACAAG